GAUGGUGGUGGUGGUGGAGAUGGUGAUGGUGGAGAUGGUGAUGGUGGAGAUGGUGGUCGGGCGGAUGAUGGUGGAGAUGGUGAUCGUGGUCCAAGUAAACGUUCGUUUGUCCAUUGUCUCAUUUAAUCUUACCACUUUAAACGAAAGACCCCACCUUGGAGACAAGAAAGGGGCAGGACCUGGUAAGGUCAUCUGGCAGCCAGCCUAGCCUUUGGUUUCCUUCAUGGGAGCCCUAGGCUGGGAAAGUGAACCCAACAUCAAUCCUGGUUCUGUGAGGAACAGGUGUUCACCUCAUCCAGACAAGUUUAGUGGGACUCCCCAGAGAGCAGCCAUCAUCUAAAGCAGGCAGCCUUUCUUCCCAAGGGCCUUCUCCUCAGGGACAUGUUCAUCCUUGCGGAGCCUGAGGAGACAGGCACCAAACGGGGCAAGCUCAGCCUGGUGCUUGGAAGUGCUGCAGUCCCGGGUGUGACCACCAGGUGGUGGUGGAGCAGCCGCACUGCGCCCUGCCCCCAGCAGCCCUAGAAAAGCAGAAAAUACAAAUUAAAAAUUCUUUGGCCUGGACGUGGAAGUCAGCUGGAGAUUCCGAGAGCCUUCUGGCAAAUCCGGGAGGUUUGACCUUCUGCUAGCAAAUCCUGGAGGAGUCCGUGACAGGCAAAGGGCAGGGAAGGAGUUGGAAGGGAAAUGAAUCCCCACCCCCCACGCUUUGGCUUUCUGCCUCCUGGAACCCAGACUCUCAGCACAGCAGAAUCCCCAGAGGCUGGGGGCAGGGCAGUGCCGGCGAGAGACCAGCCCUGGUCUUUGAUGUAUGCUCAGGUUUGCAAACGUUGCUCUGUUUCACAGACUGAAAAUCAGAGGGACAGGGAGGCGAGGCCAUGCUCAAGGUUAACGCCAGGGUACCAGACCCUGUGGCUGGGCCUGGCCUACCCCUCUCCCACCACCUUUCAUGGGUUCCUCUGGUCUGGUUACCCCGUCUCUCUGGAUCUGCUAUUGCAGACAGUACAGUGAGCUCCCAUGCUGAGGCAGAGCAAGGGAGUCCCACAUAGCUCCCCCAGCCCUCUAGGGAGGUUCCUGAACGUUCAGGGUCCUCACCCACGCAUAACUCUCUCUCUAAAACCUACUCAGACACUUCCCUCUGGUACGCAGAGAGGUGACUUGGGGCCGGCUGAGAUUCUGACCCAUAUCCUGUAUUCCAGAUCAGCUGGGGGACACUCAGGCACUGCCCCUGGGACAUCCAGGAGAGCUCAGGCUUUGGUGCCUGGUUCGAAUUUGAGCCUGACUGACCUUGGUCAAGUUGCCUGCCCUCUUUGAGCCUCGUUUUCUUGUUGGAGGGAGUUGACACCAUUUCUGUCCUGGGCUGCUAUGAGAUGUGAAUGAGGGCAGAGCACAGCUCACAAGGAGGUGAAUCUGGGAGCAGAGGACAGGUGUCACCACGGGGCACAGCUCAGAUGCUGCACUCGGGUCAGGCUGGCUUCAUCCCCACAGGGAACACGGGAGAAGGCCUGGCUUUGGGUGAGAACAGAAAUGGUGAAGUUCCACACAUGCACAUCUGCUCAGGCCCUUGAGUGACUUCGGAGAGAUGCUAAGAAACGACAGCCAUGGCUUCCACCGUAAAGAUUCCGGUCUGAUAGAGAGCCUCAGAAAAAACGAGCUCUGUAAGGGUUAGGUGGGCAAAGGCUCUUGCCUGGGGACCUGAGUUUAAUCCCUGGAACCCGUAUGACAGGGGGAGAGCACCAACCCUGUAGUCUGUCCUCUGACCUACACAUACAUUCGCACACACAUACACAUGCCCCCAGAUAAAGAAGUAAAUACGUCCAUAACCGGCGAUUGUCAGCAUCAGCCACUGAGCUGGCUGGGCUCAAGUGAGGCCCAUGGUUUUCUGAUUGGACAGCCCUAUGCCAAGAGUUUGAAAGGGUCUAAAGUCCCUGAGUGAGAAGAGGCAGGAACUGAAGCCCAGGCUGAGGUUGAACGUUGACAGCCCCCAGGUAAGCAGUGGCAAUAACCAGUCCCUCCAUGGCUGUAACUCAGUAACACCUUUGCACUGGAGCUUGGAAAAAUCUGUUUGACUUUUCCCUCUUGGUACCAGAGAAACCAGAGAGGGCUCAGGCCUCCCCAUCCUGACCUAGUAGCAGACCGGCCUUCCAGGUAGCUUGGCCCAGUAAGCUCUCUACCUGACGUCCACUCUACAGUGUUGGGACAUUCCAGUGAUCACUCCUGGAAACAAGACAAGGAGACAUUUAUCCUCCCACCCACCCCACUCCAGUCUCCACCAGCAGAGCAAGGAGGAGCUUGGGAGCACUUGGCAUCCAUAAGGACCAGCAGGUCUCAGCACUCCCCGACGGCUAGGAUCAGCUCUACUCAUGGCAUUUGAGGAGCUUCUGGCCAGGGCUGGGGGUGUGGGACUCUUCCAGGUCCUGCAGAUCUGCACCUUGCUUCUCCCCUGCCUCUUGGCACCUUUUCACAUACUUCUGGAGAAUUUCUCGGCCGCUGUCCCAGACCACCGCUGCUGGGCCCAUGUGCUGGACAACAGCUCUGAGGAGCCCACUAACCUGACCCGAGAGGCCCUCUUGGCCAUCUCCAUCCCACUCGGCCUCAACCUGCAGCCUGAGCAGUGCCGCCGCUUCCACCAUCCACAGUGGCAGUUCCUGGACCCCAAUGCCACAGCUGCCAACAGGAGUGAGGCCGCCACAGAGCCAUGUGUGGAUGGUUGGGUCUAUGACCACAGUACCUUCACGUCGACCGUUGUAACCAGGUGGGACCUGGUGUGUAGCUCCCAGAGCCUGAAGCCCCUGGGCCAGGCCAUCUUCAUGUCUGGGACCCUGGCAGGAGCCUUUGUCUGGGGAUUUCUCUCCCACCGGCUGGGGCGAAAGCCGAUACUGGUCUGGUGCUGUCUGAAAGUGGCUGUGGCUGGUGCUGGCGCCAUCUUGGCUCCCAACUUCUUCAUCUACUGUGGUCUUUGGUUCCUGAGUGCCUUUGGGCUGGCUGGUAUCAUUAUGGCCCAGUCCACACUGAUGGCUGAGUGGACCACAAUCCGCAGGAGGGAUGUUACCAUGACGAUCUUGGGCUGCGCUUACAGCACAGGCCAGAUGGCCUUGGCAGGCCUGGCCUUGGCCUUGCGGGACUGGCGAAACCUCCAACUGGCUGUGUCCAUCCCUUUCUUCGCCAUAUUCCUGCUGUCCUGGUGGCUGCCAGAAUCUGCACGAUGGCUGAUUACUACAGGCCAACCAGAAAAAGCGCUUCAGGAACUCCAGAAGGUAGCCAGGAUAAAUGGCCACAAAGAAGCCAAACAGACGCUGACCAUAGAGGUGAGUCAGGAAAAUAUGUCCAAUAGGGUGUUAUCUGCAACUGAGACUCAGGGAUCUGUGCUGGACCUGUUCCGUGUGCCCAUGCUCUUCCAGAGAACCUGCGUCAUCGCAUUGGUGAACUUUUCCCUAUUGUUGUCCUAUUAUGGCCUGGUCCUGGACCUGCAAAGCCUGGGCGGGAACAUCUUCCUCUUGCAGACCCUCUUUGGAGCCGUGAACUUCCUGGGCCGAGCCACAGCCGUCCCAUUGCUCAGGUUCCUGGGCCGCCGCAGGACCCUGGUAGGCUUCUUUGCCCUGGCGGGGUUCUGCAUCUCAGCCAAUGCGCUGGUGCCACAAGACCUGCAGACUCUUCGUGUGGCCCUGGCCAUCCUAGGGAAAGGCUGUUGCGGGGUCUGUUUGUCGUCUCUCUCUGUGUACAAGACAGAGCUCUUCCCCACACAGCUGAGGAUGACAGCAGAUGGCUUCCUGCAAUCUGUGGGCCGCCUAGGAUCCAUAACAGGCCCCUUGAUUAAGAUGGCCAGCCAGACCCUGCCCCUGAUACCACCACUCACCUAUGGAGCUUUUCCCAUUGCCUCAAGCCUGGUCCUCCUGUUCUCCCUCCCGGAGACCCAGGGAAUUCCACUCCCCGACACCAUCCAGGACUUGGAGGGCGGCACCAUCACUGUUAUCAACAUCUCCAUUAUCGCUAUCACUUUCCCUACCGCCACCAACCCCACCACCAUCACCAUCAUCAUCCCCACCAUCACCUUCCCUACCAUCUUCAUCAUCGUCGUCACCGCCAUCAUCACCAUCCUCACCAUCAUCACCAUCACUGCCACCACUCACAUCAACGUCCUCCUCACCAACACCAGCACCCACACCAUCCUCACGUCACCACCGCGAUCAUCAUCGGUGCACUGUUACAUCACCAUCGUAACGCCCACCAUCGCUGCCAUCUUCACUGCGGCCGCCACCACCAUUAUUACCAUCGCUGUCGUUAACACGGAAGGACGCCUCACCUUUGUGACCGGCCCCAUCACCCACCGCCUGACCACAGUUUUUCUUGUUCCACUCCCAGAACUACCUUGA